ACUCUCUAACCAGAAAAAUUUAGAGUAAAGUGUAUUCAUACAACGGUUGUAUAAUUGCACUGGCUUAAGCCUAGCAGAGUCAACUAAUUGCAUCAUUAGUGUAGCUGAAUAGUUCAGUUACUUUAUUGGUAAGUAGAAAAAAACAACCAAGCACUAUGUGGGACAUGCUUCAGGACUACAUAAUCUCCGUUAAAAUAGCCUUAAAACCUAACCUUUUUCACUUUCUUUGCCAUUCAUUCCUAUCAUGCUUUCUCCAUUUUCUGCCCACCAUAAACAAGCAUCCCAGGUGGUGAAGUUGUUCUAUCACCGUAGAAAGUGAUUUUCAAAGUCAUACAUCAUUUUCUGCACGUCUUUUUUUAUGUAGGAUGGUAUUGAGGGUGUGCUAGAUUAAUGCUGUUAUGGCUUUUGAAGAUGGUUCCGAAAAGGAGCUACAGAAAGUUGGUCUAGAAAUCUCCAAUCGUUUUCCUCUUACAAGGACUACUCUGGCAUCUAUGGAGUCUUUGUCUUUGCCAGUGGUUCAGGAAGUUGUUCUUUCUGCUGAUAUGCAAUGUGAGAAGUGCCAGAAGAGGGUAGCUGAUUUUAUUGCUAAAAUGAAUGCAGAAACGGAGUCAGUGGUGGUGAAUGUGUUGGAAAAAAAGGUGGUACUUACUUUCAGAUUAACAACUAUUGGUAAAGUAAUCUCUCAACAAAUUACUCCCCUCCCUAAAGUUGCAAUUAUUAAAAGGAUAUUUCGUUUUUCACGGAGCUAAGUAUCGCUUACAAGAGAUCCACAUGAGCAUAAGAUUUUUCUAAUUUGAUUUCCCCAUGUACAGCACAAACUUUAUUGCAUCUGUGAUUGAAUUUCUUUUGUAAUUGCCUUCUCACUGAAUUAGCCUUGUCGAGA